AUGAUCGAAAGCUUCCGCGCCGGCGCCCUCGCCCGAAUGGGUCUUGGCUACGAGGACAUCAAGGCGCUCAACCCCGACAUUGUGUACUGCACUAUCUCCGGUUACGGCCGCACCGGCCCCAUGGCCAACAAGCCCGGCUACGACCUGGUAAUUCAGGCCUAUAGCGGAUUAAUGCACCUCACCGGGGAACCCGACGGCCCGCCCCAGCGGGUGGGAUUCUCUCUGGUUUGA